AUGCUUCACGGGCGUGGCGUGGCAUCACGGCGUCUCCCCGGCGCCUUCACGGCGAGGAGCGACUUCACAGCGUGGAGAGAGGCGCAUCUCACGUCCCCCUCGUCUUCUUCUCUUCCGUUCCACCCGCAGCGACAACGAAGGCAAAGCGGCGGAGGAGCACAAGGCGCGGCGGAUCGUGACAAGAAAGGCGCAACCGCAAUGAAGCAACGCCGACAUGAAGGUCAAUGGAGGAGGAGCACAAUGGACGGGAGGUCGUGGCUGGAGAAACGAAACCAAGGGUCAAUGGAGGAGGAGCACAACGGACGGGAGGUCGUGGCUGGAGGAACGAAACCAAGGUUGGUAAGGUCGGGGGUGGCGAGUAGGAGCGGCGGGGUGGCGAGUAGGAGCGACGGGGUGGCGAGUAGGAGCGACGGGGUGGCGAGUAGGAGAGACGGGGUGGCGAGUAGGAGCGACCACGUGGUACAGGUAUUUAGAUGCGACGCGCGCUCGUGGUACUCGUGGUACGGGUUCGAGGGACGUUGGGGUGGUUGGGUGAUGGGUUUCCCAUCUCAGCAGCCGUGGAGCAUCCCUGACUCGAGGCGCCUUCACCCUUACAUCUGA